AUGUUCACAUUUUACGGUAGCAGCCACCAGUGCGCCAUGCUGAUACAUGUCUGCAUCGUCAUCAUAACACGUGACAUCAACGUCAACGCUCCUAUUAAGCAGCCUCUUACAUCAAUCAAGUCAAAUUGAUCCAUCCAAACAAACCCCAAAUAAUUAGAAACCUCUUCUUGAUCAUCUUCUUCUUCUCUGUUUUCUCUUUCUUUCCCAACAUAGCAAUCUCAGUUAGUUAGUUUCACACCUUCGCUAUGUCUUGGUUUCGACACCUCUCCUCCAAAACGCGCCACUUCACUUCUCUCUCCCGGUUCAGCACCUCCACCAGCCCGGUUCACCAUGCGGGUCUAGGCCCCACGAAAGCCCACGAGAAGCCCCGUGUGGUCGUGCUGGGCUCUGGAUGGGCUGGGUGCCGGCUCAUGAAGGGCCUGGACCCUAAAAUCUACGACAUCGUUUGCGUGUCACCGCGCAACCACAUGGUGUUCACGCCUCUCUUGGCUUCCACGUGCGUCGGAACGCUCGAGUUCAGAACCGUUGCCGAACCCAUCGCCAGGAUCCAACCCGCCAUUUCCCGGGAACCUGGCUCUUUCUUCUUCCUCGCCAAUUGUACUGCCAUUGAUGCUCUCAACCAUGUCGUGCAAUGUGAGUCUGUAACUGAAGGAACGCAGACAAUAGAUCCCUGGAAAUUUACGAUCGCAUAUGAUAAGCUGGUAAUUGCAUUAGGAGCACAACCUACCACUUUUGGAAUUCAUGGAGUCUAUGAGCAUGCAAUUUUUCUUCGUGAAGUUUAUCAUGCACAGGAAAUACGGCGGAAGUUGCUUCUGAACUUAAUGAUGUCUGAUGUUCCAGGGAUUGAAGAAGAGGAAAAAAGGAGGCUGUUACACUGUGUGGUUGUGGGAGGCGGUCCCACUGGAGUUGAAUUCAGCGGUGAACUUAGUGAUUUUAUCGUAAGGGAUGUCCGUGAGAGAUAUUCACAUGUGAAGGACUACAUCCACGUUACUUUAAUUGAGGCCAAUGAGAUCCUGUCUUCCUUUGAUGUCCGACUCAGGCAAUAUGCCACCAAUCAAUUGACAAAGUCAGGAGUCCGACUAGUCCGUGGCAUUGUGAAAGAUGUCGAGGAGAAGAAGAUUAUCCUAAAUGAUGGAACUGAGGUACCAUAUGGGUUGCUCGUAUGGUCGACUGGAGUUGGUCCAUCAGCUUUUAUUCAGUCUUUGGAUUUCCCCAAAUCUCCUGGUGGAAGGAUUGGCACUGAUGAGUGGCUUCGUGUUCCUACAGUAGAGGAUAUCUUUUCAAUAGGUGACUGCAGUGGUUUUGUAGAAAGUACAGGAAAACAACCACUGCCGGCUUUAGCCCAAGUAGCAGAAAGGCAGGGUAAAUAUUUAGCAAUCUUACUAAACAAAAUAGGUAAAGAAAAUGGAGGCCGUGCAAACAGUGCAAAGGACUUUGACUUUGGGGAACAAUUUGUUUACAAGCACCUUGGAAGCAUGGCAUCUAUAGGGAGUUAUAAGGCUCUAGUCGACCUCAGACAAAGCAAGGAGGCCAAAGGGUUAUCUUUGGCAGGUUUUGUCAGUUGGUUUAUCUGGCGCUCAGCAUACCUAACUCGUGUCAUCAGCUGGAGGAACAGAUUCUAUGUAGCCAUCAACUGGGCUACUACUUUUGUGUUUGGCCGUGACAUAAGCCGAAUAUGAGAACUUUUUAAGGUAAAUACUCUGCGUGAAAUUUUUAUUAUGACUUAGACAUGUUAAUAGGCCCUCACAAUGAACUUUUUAUUAUGAACUUUUGGAGCAGCAUGUUUCAAAAGCCAGUAAUGUCUAAGGAGAUGAAUUUCAGUACACAGAAGAUCAUGGAACUUUACCAGUUCAUGAUAUUGUUUACACGUUCCAUUUGUUUAAACAGUAGCAACGAAAAAAUAGAUUACUCGGAAAUUUCAUUGAAGGGUGACGGCAAUAGAUUAAAUUUUGCUGUCGUUGGUAUUAUUUUUCUAAUAGAGAGCGUAUACACGUUAUGAUUCAA